AUGGGCAAUUCUGGACCUGGUGUGCUACUGCCGAGCCUAUAUGGUUAUUUUUCGAAUGAGCCUGCACCCACACAGCUACGACCUGCCGGUGUAGCCUAUGGACCUCACGGACACGGCCGCGUGGGCGUUCCUUGGCAAGAUGACACGUCACUGGGCGCAACAAGCAGUGAUGGACGUGGAUAUGUUCAUCCUCGUCUGUCGGAACGAAUUCUUGCGAGUGGCCCUAGUGUCACAAAUCUGCAUCCAUCAACGUCAACUGUUCAUAUGUCGCCAGGUUCUGAGCUUCGUGUACAAACCUCACAAUUACGCAACGUGCACGUGCGUCCGGGCUCGAUGCUAUUUCCUGCUGGUAUCACGUCGUCGCUAUGCACCGCUGAAAAAGCAAAAGAUGCUCACAUGUCGCGCAAGUUUGAAGAGAAUGCAGCACUCUCAUUUUCGUGGGUCAUCGAAGAUGUCGCUCUUCUGAACGAUGAAGUAAAACAUGGUUCAAAUGCCACAUCUGGUGGUAAAAAAAGCGAGGCAUGGAAAUUGCAGCCGCUUUUUGGCGAGGAACGCUGGCGUUUGGAGCUGGUUCGUCGCCACAAGGCACAGACACCCAAUACGGCGACACCAACCAAGUCUCGCGCAGCACACGCAAUAUCUCGUCCCUAUGUGCUGUGCCUGUACCUUUCUUACCUGGGUCUGAUGAGCAUGCCAAUUAAAGCUGAGCUUCCUGCCCAUGUCAUGAUAGGCAUUCGUCCUGCCCAGCGUGUUCACAAACUGCCACGUGCAUUAGACUCAGGUUUCUUGUGGCGUGACUUUUUCUCCUUCACGUUCCAGCAAGACAAUGACACAGUCGUGUUCGACCGGCUACCGGAUUUGGCUGAUGUAUUGGCUGACCCUGAUGUGGCCGAAUCCAAUGCUAUGGAUUUGGUAAUCCAAGUUGCUACGGGGCCAUCCGUGCUCCCUGAAAGUGAUGUGCGUGAUAGUGAGGGACAAAGCAGAAUGCGCUUGCCAUUCGAAGCACCUGAUACUGUUAAUGUGCCCCGCGGUCUCUUGCAUGCACUCUCUGCACUUGUGGAUGAUGGGAGUAGUGGCGACAUAAUGAUCACAGUGCUGGAGAAGGGGUUCGAGCAACAGCCAACCGAAGAGCUUGCGGAAAGCGUGGGGCUCAAGACGUUUAUUCAACCCUGGCCUACCGGAACGCCAUUGCCGGAGUUGGAGUCCGACCUAUACCCUGCUGUGUUCGUUCGUGAUCGUGUCCUUUGGGCGCAUUCGUCCAUUCUGCGAGAGCGCAGUGAGUUUUUUGCCACAAUGAUCGAGUCAAACUUUGCUGAGGGCGCGCUACAUGAGACACCGCCAAACGGCGGUCGUGGUCGUACUCGUGAUGCUUGGCGACGCCCGUAUCGAAUGCUGCGUAUUCCUGGUGCAGACUUUGUUACGAUGUAUUGGUUCCUCCGAUACCUCUACACGGAAGAAGUUGAGCUGCUCCGUGAAGAAGACGUCCAGGGAGUGGCACUUGACGAUUAUUGGAUCUUGAAUCAAUCACAAUCAUCUGCGUGGCCGGAUUGGAAAUGGCGCCGGAUUGAGCAUUCGGAUGAAUGGGACGACGAUAUCUUCCCUCCAAUGAAUGAGGCUGCACCACCGUUGCUGUCCGAAGGGCACAUACCCCGAAGUGCCGAUGAUUCCACGUCGGCAACCCCAAGGGGGGACCUGCGCUCGCGUACCUCUGAUAAGUGGCCCAACAUGUCGGACCCGCAUCCGCACCCACCCAUGCUCCCCGUACCGCCAGCGUCAGCGCUUUCGCUAUAUCGACUUUCUCAUCGAUACGGAUUCCAGCAGCUCUGCGAUCUUACUAUGACCCAUGUUCUGUCGCUUCUCACACCGCACAACGCCAUCCAUUAUUUACUUUGUACUGCUCUUCUUCCGGAAAUUCAGAAAGCUAUUCAAGAAUACAUUGUUCAAAAUUGGAAUGAUGUUUCGAGUAGUCCGGAAUUCGAGUAUUGCUGUGACCAAGUGUCCACGGGUGAAUGGGGCCCCUUGGCUGGCCGUGCACUCCUUUCGCUAAUGCGGCAGCUUCGCCAUACGAGUGUAAGUCGUUGA